GUGUUUCGGGCACUGCGAACCAUAUUUAUCAGAGGGUUGUUAGAUUUAAAGUCUUUAAUGCGACUAUACGUCAUUUCAGACAGGUAUUAUCUAAAAGGUGAAAUAGGCUGGGGGUUAUUUAUCAUUUUUCAAUGAAAUCUUUAUUUCCAGAACAUAGCAAAGUUCAUGGAGUACAAUUUAGAUAUUUGAGAUAAACCUAUGAAUGACCAGUGUGCACAUUUUCCUAGGAGUGCUGUCUACGAAAUCAUCCACCGCGAGGUUAAAUAACUGAAUUUGUCGAGUGGAAAAGGAAAGUGAUUAUACGAGGUUAAAGAUAAACAGCAGGUAAAGAAUGUAUCGACUGUUUGAGAAUGCGGCUGAAAUAGAAGACCCCCUUCCUGGAAAAGUAACAGGUUGCCUCCCGGAAUGGCUUAGUGGAUCGCUGUAUCGGAAUGGGCCAGGGAUGUACGAGGUCGGCGAAACGAGGAUGCUUCACUGGUUUGACGGAAUGGCCUGUUUGCAGCGCUUCGAAAUCCGAGACGGCAGCGCCACCUAUAUGCGGAAAUACAUACAAAGCGACACAUAUCACCAGAACCUUAGCAUGAACAGAAUCGUCAAUACAGAGUUUGGAACAUACGCCGAGUACACGGACCCGUGCAAAAAGAUAUACGAGAAGAUCAACACUUACUAUAUUCCCAAAACGGACAACACAUCGGUUACUGUCUGGCCACUGGGUUCCCGGAUGUACGUCAGCUCCGAAACAAAUGUCAGCAACGAGGUUGACCCCGAUACACUAGAAACCGUUGGCAAGCUGGACAUCAGUAAAACUUUGAAGUUAGAUGCAGCCGCAGCGCAUGCCCACUGGGAGACUGAUGGUACGGUACAUUUCAUUGGCUAUACGUACACGGCUCAUCCCUGCUACUGCUUAUACAAGAUACCGGGCCGACCAGGUGGCGCUAUGGACAUCAGUGACGCCCGCGUGACGUCAUCAAUCAAGUGUAAAUGGCCACUGUUUCCAUCCUACUAUCACAGCUUUGCCAUGACGAAGAACUUCUACGUUUUCAUCGAGCAGCCGUUUGUACUGAAUCUCACAAAGGUUAUCAGCAUGGUUAAGACGAAGAAUGCCAUCAUCGACUGUAUGGACUUCCGGCCAAUGAAUAAGACUGUUUUUCACAUCGUAGACAGACACACUGGACAGGAAGUUAAUACUGACUUUGCCUAUCAGACAGAUCCCAUGUUUUUCUUCCACCACGCCAACAUGUACCAGGAAGGCAGUAACCUCAUCCUUGACCUUUGCUCCUUCCGAGAUGCCCGGAUAAUGAAACUACUGUAUCUAAAAGAUCUGGAGAAAGAAUCUUUCCAAGACACUAAAUCAUGUGAGGAGAUCAAGACAUGUCGACUCCGGCGCUUCGUACUCCCCCUCGACGUUUCAGAGGAGACGGCACUAAAUGAGAAUCUAGUACAUGUACCGGGGUGUAGAGCGACCGCUGUCAGAAAAACGGAGAAAAAUGUUUUCUUGACCAGUGAACAAAUGUACAACGAAGGAUUUGAAUUCCCCCAAAUUAACUAUGCAAAGUUUAACGGGAAGAAGUACCGAUAUUUGUAUGGCUAUAGUGUUUUCAAGUCUGGUCAGCAGGCGCUGGUGAAAAUUGACAUGCAUACUAAAGAGACAAAAUCGUGGAGUGACGGAACUUGUCACCCUUCGGAACCCAUCUUCGUUGGACGUCCAGAUGGCAAACAAGAGGACGAUGGGGUGUUAUUAUCUGCCAUCAAUUCUAACGUGGAGGGUAAAUACGCCUACUUAUUAGUUCUGGACGCCAAGACAUUCACUGAGCUUGCGCGAGUGGAGUUCCCCGAUAUCCGGUUUUUGCGGGACCUGCAUGGACUUUUUAGACCCCAUUAAUGGUGGCUAGUUACAUCCGGGUUAAAAUGUCGUGAAGAAGAAUAGCUAACACGCUCCUAUAAAUACUGUAAAACCUCGUUAAUUGGGGACAAUGACAACGUAGAGAUAAAAAAAGUUGAAAGAUUUGUUGACUUUUUGUCCCCGAGGUUUGCUGAAAAGGUUCCUUUUAAGACGACACGGUUUAAACGGUUAACUACUGUGUAAUUUACAAAAAGCAUUUGUUAUAUAAUUGAUCUGUUAAUUGAUAUUGUUGUAACAAAUAUUUUUUUGCUAUUAGCUAGUAAAGCAUUCCGCCAUAUAUAUAUAUAUAUAUGUAUAUUUUUUGUGUCUUUUAGUAAAAUUUCAAUAUGGGUAUCGAACUCUUUUAUUGGACUUUUAUUAUCACCGAUAAGACCUCGAUGGUAGAAAAAGAAGUUAUUUAGUAAUAGUGUGUUCAGUUGAAAUCUAUAUUUCUAUACAUGUAUAUCUAUCACUUGUUAAAUUGUAAUUAACAUAAGUUAAUUAGCUGUAAUGAAUACAUUUGAUUUUAAAUUUGUGCUUAUUUCACUUUUCCAUAUCUAUCUGUCAAAUUAAGAGUCGCUGAAUUGUGAUGUCACCCAUUCCAUUUGAGGUCAUAGUUUUGUGAACACGUGUAAUAUAUCAAAAUGUAUAUAUCCAUGGUAGACAGGUCAUGGGGUAUGGUGCAUCACUUGUAUAUUUUUUUAUUUGUAUGUGCUAUAUUGAGAUUUGUUAUUAUACAAAAUUAAAUAUCAUACAUGUUUUGAUGGCAUUAAUUAUUCGUUAAUUAAUUACAUUAUUAUAUGUUUAAUUAUUACAAAGUCAAUUUUAUUUUAUUGUUUUUAAUUUCUUAAUUAGAUCUGUCAAAUGGACGUUGUACGCAAACCGUAUACUUAUCUUUUCAUGUCCGCUAUCCGCCGCCAUAUCACAACAUACAUGGGAGGCAAAAAUCUCCUUUGACAUUCCCCUGUAAGAGAAAGAAUUUUCAUAUUGAAAUACGAUUAUCUUACAUGAAUCAUAUGCUAUUUAUUAAAUAAAUUAAAUUAAUUGAAUUAAAAUAAAUUCCGUAUGCCGUAGUCUCGAGUGUAAAAUUUCGUUUAACACAUAAAGCAUAUUUAUCACAUAUUCGGCCUGUUAUGCCGUGAAUUCGCCCGUGUUAUAUUUUGUGUAUAUGUCAUUAGUAUAAUAUACACUCAAGCGUUUUUCAUGAAUUGUGCAUUAAAAAACAAAAUAACUGCGUUGGAUUUUUCCAUCCACAUUUUGACUUUAAGAUAUGUCAAAAUGUCAGUUUCUUGAGUUAAUUAAUGAAAAAGUAUCUUAAAUUGGUAUUCAUCAUUUCCUGAGAUUUUAUGAAACGAGUCUUAGACUUAGCAGUUUUUAUUUUGCAAGCCUUGGUGAGCAAGAAUUAAAACUUGAAACUCAUUAAGAACUCAUUAAGAAUGAGAACUCAUUAACAUCCUAUAUUUAUGAUAAUAUGAAACUCAGACGCUAUGCAUUUCUCUAGAGAGACAAUGGUGCGACGACAUGUAUUAAUUGUGACGUCAGCAAUUACCUAUGAAUUCUUCAUGGUGUUUUAUAUGUGUUUAUGACAAUAUUUAUGAAAUAGUCAUAUUACCUCGUAAAGUUAUGUGAUCAGGCUUUUUUGUGAUAGAUUUUUAAUUUCUUUAGUAAAAAUAUUGAAUUAAAUAUCAUCUAUUGUAUUUACCGUACAUAUCAAUCUUCCCUUAAUAGCAUUACUUGUGUGCAUGAAUUUGUAUGUAAUUUUACAGCAUUUGAUUCCUCGCAGAAAUAGCAUGCAUGAAUUCUACUAAUUGUUAAAAAGCGAAAAAUAUGCUUAUUCUUAUUAACUAAUUCGAAACCAAACGUGUUUUAAACGCAUUUUCUAAUGAAAACUCAAUUUCUCUUUUAAUUCUGAGCAAAUGACAAUAAUGGACAUGAAAUAUUAAGGACUUCACCUUGUGUGUAUAUAAAUCAUGACUUUCUGUGACAUUUGAACAUGUAUUGCAAAUUACAUUUUAAUUCGACAUGAUUUAGCGGGUCGACUAAAUAUGUAAUAAUUGUCUAAUAACGUCAUAGUUUGGUAUCGGAAAAGCUGUGUCAGGUAUUGAAAUAUCUAAGUUUAGUUAUGUUAUAUUUAAGUUUAGUAAUGUGAUAUCUAAGUUUAGAAUCGGAAUAUCUAAGUUUAAUAUUGUAAUAUCUAAGUUUAGUAUCUGAAUAUUUAGAUUUAGUAUUGUUAUUUCUAAGUUUAGUAUUAUUAUUUCUAAGUUUAGUAUUGUAAUAUCUAAGUUUAUUAGUGUAGUAUCUAAGUUAAGUAUUGUAAUAUCUAAGUUUGGUAUCGUAAUGUCUAAAUUAAGCAUUGUAAUAUCUAAAUUUAGAAUUGUUAUUUCUAAGUUUAGUAUUGUUAUAUCUAAGUUUAGUAAUUUAGUAAUGCAAUAUCUAAGUUAACUUUCGGAAAAUCUAAAUUAAGUAUCGGAUUGCUUAAGUUUAGUAUUGUAAUAUAUAUGUUUAGUAUUGUAAUGCCUAAGUUUAGAAUUGUAAUAUCUUAGUAUAUUAUUGUAAUAUCUAAUUUAACUUUUGGAAAAUCUAAGUUAAGUAUCGGAUUGUUUAAGUUUAGUAUUGGAAUAUCUAGGUUUAGUAUUGUAAUAUCUAAAUUUAGUAUUGUUAUUUCUAAGUUUAGUAUUGUUAUUUCUAAGUUUAGUAUUGUAACAUCUAAGUUAAGUAUCGGAAUAUCUAACAAUGUCACAUUUAUAAAGGCAAGCACAAGUUUUUUUUAUAUCUUUCAGUCUGGUAUAGAUUUCAUGGAUAAUGUUUAUUUCAAAUUGCGUCGUUAUUGAUUUGUGAGCAUAAUGUACGGUUAUUAAAAGCGGGUGUAAUUGAAAUAUAAAGAUUGAAUAUUGCUGUCGUCGAUAUCAUUUGGUGGAUAAACUAGUCACAUAAUUCAUAAAAUUCAUCUCUGGAACAAGUAUAUCCUUCGCCCUCAUCAUCAGCAUGAAAGUAUACUUUCUGCUUUAGCUUCUUAGCUUGUGACUGAAACCGUCAUUUCUUCGAGAUGUUUUUGAUUUAAUAAAUCAUUUUAUUUCAA